AUGUUUUUGUUGGAAGCACUAAAUGAAAUCAUGUAUAAUCUCCAGUUUGGGAAUCAUCAGGGCAAAGUGGAGAAAUAUCUCAACGAAGUAACCGUGGAUUCGCUAUUGAAUGACCUUGGACAAGUUCUAAAAUCAAAAUUAUCAGAAAUCAGGGGUUUGUGGUCAAUAUUUGAAGCACACUGUUUUACUGAUGAUGAGGAACGAUUUUGGACUAAAGCAAGUCUCAAACACCAUAUUGAGUGUAUCCACCCUGGCGUUAUCAUCACUGAACUUACAAUCAAUCUCCUCUGGCGAUGCUUUCAGUUCCAUGCUUACCAUCCAUUUCCACGGCACGACGUGCAUCAAAUUCAUGAAAGUGCAUUCCAGCGUGCGGUUAUCCUUCUUGCUGUUCGAGGGACAGACCUCCUAGGCACCCAGGACGGAGGAGAUUACAUUUGGCGGGAAGAUACGGAUUUUUUCCAUGAUGCUGACUUCAGGCGAAUUCUAAGAAGUAUCAGCCAUGCAUCUGUCCAGAAUGAGUCUGAUCCGGCAAUGUCUGUUGUCAAUGAUGUUAUGGACGUUCUAGCUACGACGCAACCACACAUGGUGAAUUUUGCACCGUCGCCAGAUUUACUGGAACCUGCAGCUAGGAGGCUCCUGGACAGCGUUCCGGUGCGGGAUGAGUUACGUGCUGACGAUUUAUCAAUCCUUCUUGCCUUGCUAUUGCAAUUGAGAGUGCAUAAACAAAAAUGGGGGACGAGCCUUCAUUUUGGCGAGUUUGACCAGGGGUCGAGCUGUGAGGAGCUUGCUAGAACUAUAACGACUGGGAUCUUCGUGCGGGGUAGUCUCAGCUCUGACACGUAUUGCAAUGUGAUAGAUGUCCUGCCAAGUCUGCGGACACAAUUCUACCAACUGUGGGCAGUGCUCUUUCAACCGGCAAAGAGUAGAGAAGAAUCACAGUCCAAUGCCUCUCUAGCAGCUGAUGUUAUACCAAAUGAGAUUCUCCAGACCAUCUCACUGUUUACACCUCAACAAUCAGUAUUCAGCCACUCUCCAAUAUCUAAGGAUGAGGGUAUUGUUUUUAACAUUUCUACCCAGCAACUAGCGGUAUCCGACGAUGUAACAAUAAACCAUCUCCUGAAAUCUCUUCUGGAUGACACGAAACAUUCACAUGUUGCCCUUUUCGCAAAUAACACAUCAUCUAAUGUAUUUGGUGCAUACUUUCCCCCGCUGUCGCAAGCAAGCAAGAUUGGACGAGGCCAUUUCCUCUUUCAACUAGCCCCACAAUUUUGUCUCCUUCAAUGGACCAGCCAUUCGAUUCCUCUUACUGAUCUCAUUAACGUCCGUGAUUCCAAUUCCACGCUGCUAGAUACAAUUCGAGCAGGUAAGAUGCUGCCAUCUACGCCGUAUAGGAUUGGCAACCCGGGCGAGAAAGGGAACAGUGGGGAAGGGAACAGUGCUAGUCUAUGGAUAAAUCCAGAUACUAGGUCUAUUCAACUUACUGGACAAUUUCCGAAUAGUACCAGAUACAAGGUUCUGUGUGAGAGGACAAGGGAGGACAGUGUAGAUGGGAAGGAGAUGAGCACCGAAAUCGAUCGUCUUUAUAUCCUCCGCGUGUCUACUUUUGGGAUAGAUGCGGAGCUUGCUUUCCAGAAUGACAUUGAGACCAAGUACCGUGCUCCCUCUGUUCAAGCAGAUCAAUUGAUUCGAGGAGCGGAGCUGGAGGCGAGAAUUCAGGGCUUUGGAUCACCGCUGUAG